AUAGACUGGACCCUUCGUCAGAUCAUCACACGGCCCUUGUCUAGUCCAGGACGUCCUCUCCUCACUCGGCAAGAAGGCUAACAUAUAGGAGCACACCCAGUGACCCUCAGCUUACGCAGAGCCACCAGUUAACUUCGCUCUUGUCUGCAAGAUGUUGGGGGUUGGUGAGAUGAACCACGGGCUCGAGGCGAAUGGGCACGGCAAGCCGGUGGCCAUGGCGAAGCAGCAGCAGCUGCAGCAGAGUGGAGAUCACGAGGAGACCCAGUGGUACGAGGAGGAGGUCCAUGACGACCUCAAGUUCUGCUACACCUUGAACAGCGUGCUGCACCGAGGGACAAGCAAGUACCAGGAGAUUGCCCUGGUUGAUACGAAGUGUUUCGGGAAGGCUCUGAUAAUCGACGGGAAGAUGCAGAGCGCGGAGGCCGACGAGUUCAUCUACCAUGAGUCCUUGAUACACCCGCCGCUUCUAUUCCAUCCCAACCCGACCACGGUGUACAUCAUGGGAGGCAGCGAGGGCUCCGCGGCGAGGGAGGCGCUGAGGCACAAGACCGUCCAAAGGGUGGUGAUGUGCGACAUAGACGAGGAGGUGGUGCACUUCUGUCGGACGCACCUGAGCGUCAACUGGGAAGCGUUCGCCAGCGACAAGCUCUGCCUCGUCAUCAACGAUGCCAGGGCUGAGCUAGAGAAGAGGCGGGAGGAGAAGUUCGACGUGAUAGUGGGGGACCUCGCGGAUCCCAUGGAGGGAGGCCCCUGCUACCAGCUCUACACCAGGUCCUUCUACGAGCAGGUCCUCAAGCCCAGGCUGCACGACGGUGGCAUCUUCGUCACACAGGCUGGACCAGCCGGCGUCCUGACGCACAAGGAGGUCUUCUCGUCCAUCUACAACACCCUUAGGCACGUCUUCAAGCAUGUGAAAGCAUACACUGCCCAUGUGCCAUCCUUCGCUGACACCUGGGGCUGGGUCAUGGCAUCAGAUCACCCCUUCACGCUCACCGCCCAGCAGAUCAACGAGAGGAUCACGGACAGGAUCGACGGCGAGCUGUCGUACCUCGACGGGGAGACCCUUAUUUCUUCAACCACUCUCAACAAGACCGUCUUCCACUCGCUAUUGAAUGAGACGCAUGUGUACGCGGAGGAUGACGCGAGGUUCGUCCACGGACAUGGGACUGGGAGGGCAGGCCAUGCUUAACUGCACGGGAACCCUCCGUCCUGAAGCCACCGGCCGGGACGGUCAUAUAUAUGCAUGGGAAAACAAGGGGAGAAAGCAAGUGCAAAUUGAUAGGAGCAAUCUAUCUAUCUAUCUAUCUAUUAUUAUAUACUUAAAACAAGAAUCAAAUAAGCCAUCACGUUUGUCCA